UAAUAAGAAUCCCAUAUUCCAUUUGCACUUGAAAAUGGCGCCACUGUGAAACAAAAACAAAACGCUAAUUUCUUUGCCAAUAAACGAAAAGGAAAGUGAUGUUUUCUUUGUUUUUUAACCUCUGAGGUUAUUCUCGUGCAACGCAGCGGAACACGUGAGUUUUAAAAAACUGGUUCUUUGGGAAGUCCUAGGUGACGUUCGAAAGCUCGAAGAAAUAAUAAACAGAAACCCUAAGAACAAAAAAGAUCGUGUCUGGAUGCUGUAACAGAACAAGGAUACGUUUUCACUCGUUUAAGACCUCUCUUCUCGAGCGGUUAGUGAUUUUAUCAUCUUGUGUUUAUGUACAUACAGCUAAGCUCGGCAGAGAAGCUUAAAGCAAAAGAUACCGUUCUUACGUUGGUUAAUAUUUAGUAUUAACACAAACAUUACAAAACAUCUGACAGUGUAUAUAAUUAAAGAAUUCACAGCAAAAAUGCCAUCAGGUAAACCCGAUAACUCUCAUCUAGUGUACAAUCCUCGCAACGAUCCCAAUGAAGUACAGAUGGGAAAACUCAAGCCUAUAAUUGAUAAAAAAUACGACGAAAAACUAGAAUACCUUCCGUAUGAAAUGGGUUACCUGACGGAGGAGUUAAAGGAAAUGGCAAAGAGAGAACUGGGAGAAACUGAAGAGAGAAAAGAAGCUUGUCUUAAAAAAUUUCGUAAGCUUUUAGCAGCUGAAAAGAAUUUAUUCGUCCGAAUGGACGAUGCUUGUCUCUUGGCUUAUUUGAGAGGAAAGAAGUAUGACGUGGAUAGAGCAUUCAAGAUGGUUCAGAACACAUACAAACUACGUUUGAAAAAGAGCUUUUACGAUUCUGAAAGUAAUGAUGUUGUCCAUAAUGUGUUUCGUGAGAACUUUAUUGGCUUCUUACCAUAUCGAGCUAAAAAUGGAAGCGUUAUAAUAGUGGUCAAAGCAGGUAUGUGGGAUCCAGAAAAGGUGGACCGAGACCUGUUAAUGUGGGUUGUGACCCACUGCAUGAUCCAUUCUAUAGAAGACCCCGCCACGCAAGUCGCAGGAUAUACAGCUGUUGUCGAUGUCAGAGGUGUCAGCAACAGACACUUAAAGUUGCUCACCUUCGAAAAUAUCAUGCUACUCAUAUAUUCCACUCAGUCAUGUUUCCCAGGAAGGUACAAGGCUAUUCAUGUGGUUGGAAUGCCUAGAUUUUUCGCUUAUGCAUGGAAUAUAGUUUAUCCUUUCAUCAUGAAUCUGAAACUAAAGAAAAGGAUAUAUAUUCACGGGGAAGAUCUAAAAUCGCUUCAUAAGCAUAUAACUCCAGCAAUCUUGCCAGAAGAAUUCGGUGGCGACCUGGGCCCUUUUGAUAACAGCGCAUGGCAUGCCAGUAUUUUGGCCAAGAACGAAUGGUGUCUGCAGCAAAGGCUGUAUGGGUACCAGAACUCGUAACCAAAGACUUUAAGUUUUUGAAUUCUAGGGAGAUGAUUAUCUACUCCUAGUCUAGCAAUGUUUAUGUUUUUCGAAAAAGUGUGGCAUUUGUGUUGCUUUGAAAAAGUCCUGUGUCUUAAUAUUAUUUGUUUUUCUAUGUAUAAAGGCAGUUUUAAAAAUGAAGCAAAUUUUAAUUGAAAAGAGAAAAUAAUAAUGCAAGAUUUUAAAGUCACGUAAUAGUGGCAAAAAAGGAAAUUAAUCAGAAGUUUAGGAGCUACGUAUCAACUUUGUUUAUUUAUAUGAUAGACUUUCAUUACCACUCCUAAAUGCUUAAAGCAUUCUUUUAACUUCAUCCGUGCAGCUUGAAGAAUACUUUUCACGUAUUUAUCUGUUUUCUUACAUUCUUUAUCAUAACGAGACAUUAUUUUUAGCGAGCUAAUAUAUCCUUCUUAAGAGGGAAAUCCUAUCUGUUAAUAUAUUCUACAAGUUUUCUGUAAAAGUACAAUUCUAAUCUGAAUAUUAUUUCAAUAUUUCAGAAUCGCAGACCAUCCUGAAAUGCAUAAAAUUUUCUUAGUGGAUUUAGUUCCAAAUUAACCAUACCCAUUACUAUUGAUAACAUAAACAUUUUUUGUUACAAAUUUACAGUUUCUGUUUAAGUGGCGUAAAAUCUAAUUUAAAUUCAGCGAGAAACAAAAGUCAUUAAAAGUUGAAUUCAACUAUUAAAUACAGAAAUAAAAACCGUUAAAUUAGCAAUACCAAUUUUUUUUUUCUUGUUUAACGUUUAAAAUGAGAUGAUAAUGUUAAUCGUGUAUAAUCAUCCAUAAUCACGUACAAUAAAAAUUGAUAGCAAAUAUUUUGUCAAACAUCAUCAAGAAUUUCUGUGAAAGUAUUAGUGAUGAAUGUAAAAAUCAUCCUUACUGUUUUCGAGUAAGGAAAAUAGAUGCACAUUUACUAGUGCUCCUAACUGUUAUCUUUCUCAUGUGCAUCGGUCAAAAAAAAUAUUUUACAUCUAAUCCAAGGAUUAUAAAAUUAAUUCGAAAAAAUUAUCACUUCUUCUAUAUCAGUUGCAAUUUUUACUUAUUAAACUAAAACUGGAUAAGAUCAAAAUGUUUGCCUUUAAUACUAGGGAGCAAAAGUAAAUGAUAUUACUAAUACAUACUAUAACCACACAUAGACGUUUUGAUAAGUAUGAUUUUACCACCUACUAGUAUGAAUUAAUCCGAUAUUUUGAAUUACAUUUAAAAUAUGAUAGUGUAUAUUAGAUACAAUUUCCUAAUCUCCAAAAAUUUUAUCAAAUAUUCUUAUGAUUUCAACUGAAAUUGGUUUGCUUGCUAUAUAAACCAUGGCAAAAAUAGACUUACUAUGCUAUACGACUUAAUUUGCACGAAAAACAUUUUUUUAAUAAUAAAAUAGGAGACAUUUUUUAAUUUAUUUUUAUUUAUAUUUAUUUAUUUAAAUGUCUGCUGCUGAUGCAUAUUCUUAAGUCUAUAAUAUGACCACCUGAAGUUAAAUUUCAAUAAAAAUUUUAACUUAAUUUUAAUUCUAGUUUAAAAUUAAAAGGUUUCCAAACGUUUCAAAUGUUUUACUAUUUUUUUAUUUAAUUUUUUUAAUUCUUCAAAAAUGAUUGCAUACUGUUAGAAUGCAGCAAAUGAUUGCUUUAAAAAUCAUUUAAAUAUUAAGUGAAUUUUUGCUUAUAUAACUAUUUAAUUAAUUAGCUUAUAGACGCUAAGUGCUUUCCAGUUAUCCAUCGAAUUUCAUGAAUGUUUUUAACAGCAAGUAAAUUUGAAAACCGAAUUACUUUUAUUGCACAAAGUAUAUUGUGAUAUAUACAUAAAAUAAAUUUAGAAUUUUCGUGACGAGUAGGUUAUAGAUUGAAAUCUGUGCAACUGUAGUGCCUCCUAGUCCACAUACUAUAUAUUAUUAAUCCUGCUGUAAUUUUAAAGGAAAAUUAUGGGCAUUUUCUGUGAUAGAGCACUUUUUGAAACUUUUGCGUAUCGCAAAUUUUAAAUUCUGCUCACAACAGCAGAAACAUUAUGACUGAAGUUUCAGUUUUCAUGACCAGUUUAACAUGUGUUUGUUCAUUUUUAAAUUGAAUAUUUUUGCUUUCAAGAGCUUGCUUUUUUUUAUUAUAGCUUUUUUCCAUUCUAAAUACUCUAAUUUUUUUUUUUUUUUUUUUUUUUAGUAUGAGUAUUUUUAUGUCACAUUGGCAAAUUUUGUUGUUCCUUAGUUGUUGAGUGCCAUUCUGUUAAAACUACAAACUUUCGGUUUGUUCGAUUCAAUAAAUAUUAGUGUCACUUCGAAUUACCGAAGAAAUGUUUCUUCUAAGGCACUAUUAAAUGUUACAAAAUUUCUUUACCUAGAGAUAGUGUUUCGGGUAGAAAAUGUAUAUAUUUCUGUAAAGGAAUAACAAUAAAGUCAGUCAAAUUUUUGCCUUUGCCAUACAUUCAAAUGAAAUCAUGAUACAGAAAUUCAUGACCUAAUUGUUCCGGAGAAUCACAAGCUUCUGCUUAUGUAAAUGUAGUUUCAUUUUAACACAUAUGCAAGUUAAAGUAACCCAAUUGAUUCUCUGGGUAGUGUAGUGUAUAAUAGAACUGUACAUAAAUCUUACUGUAUAUUUUGAGGGUGGUUUUAUUUCGUUUUGGAUGUAUAUAUUUAUGUAUCUUAUUGCACUGUAGCGCGUUUAAGUAACACUGUAAAUAUUGAAACUUAGCUACAGUUUUAAAUUUCAGCUUUAUGUAAAGCAAGUACGAUAUCUGAAUUGCACACAAACCAGUUUUACUACAUACAAUAGCCUAAUUUUACUAAAAUGUGAAUAAAAAUAUAGCAUAAUAAUGUUUCUAACAAAUAUAGCUUAACAAUGUAGCAUGGUAUAUUUAUGAACUCUAAGCAGAUUUGAUAUUAUGACUUACAUAAAGAUCAGUAUAACAUUGAUUUAAUUUUUUCAAUUAAUGCAUUCCUUUCAUGUAGUUCUCUUUAUCUAAAGUUAUCCAUAUUAAACGGACAAUACAUUCUAACAUGUUUUAAAAAUGUAUUAUACAGGAAAUAGUUUUUUUCCGUAUUCUUUUACAUACUUUGCGCACAAGUUGAAAAGAAUCUCAAACAAUAUUUAUAAUCUUCAGUCAAAAAUUUUUCAAAGCUUUAGUAUUAAAGCUCAAUAUAUAUGAAUAUAGCUGAAUAUAUACUUUCUUUUAUCAAAUUAUUAUGCUUUUUGUUCAAGUAUAUAAAGAGAUAAAGGAAUGCUUCAUUAUGAAACUUUCCAGUUACGUUAAAAAUGAAACAGAAAUUUCGUAGAAGUAGCUUUGCUUCUACAUGCAAAGUUCUGACAAGCGGACUUUAAAAAGAAAUUAAAUUUUUAUUAUUACUUCGAAAUAAUUUCACAUUUAACCUCUUAACAUUUAACAUUUAUAAAUAAAUAUAUAUUUUACAUUUAUUAUAUAAAAGAAAACAAGUACAAAUAAAAUUUGUUCUUGCACAGUUUCAGACCAGACUGUGAUAUAAAUGGGUAAUAUUUAGCUCAUUGUUUAACCAAAUAGCAUUUGUACGUCUAAAGUUUCCAGAAUGUAAUCAUUACUGUUAAUUUUGCAUUUUUUAUAAUAAUACCUCAGUUUUUUUCAUCAUCUUACAUUAUUAUUCGUAUUUAUAUGUAUUUUGUCGAUAUCCAAAUGUCACUUAAUAUCAAAUUUUUCAUCCUUCAGUAGAUGCAGUGUUUCAAGUAAACUAGCAUAUUUUUUCUACAUUUCUAAAUAUUUAUCAUCUUAGUACAAAUUUACAUAAUCAAAUGAACAUGUCUGGGUGAUAUUCUUCAUAAAUAUGCUUUAACUUUUUAAUUUUUCUUUGUUAGCAUAUUUUAUUUCAUUAACGUUACGAACAUUGUUUUGUAUUUCGCCUCCUUGGUAACCCUAAAUAGUGUUUCUCUAACUGAACUUUUAACAGAGAUAAUUAUAAUUCUGAUUAUUUAAUAUGUAUUAUGGUAGUCUGCUUGAAAUUUGGUUAUAAUGUAAUCUGUCAAUGCGUGUAAAUUUCGAAGAAAAGGUCUCAAUUAUUUUUAUUUUUAUACAUGAAGAGAGAAAAGUAUUUUUGAGCUCUCGUUUUCUCACAUUCCCAUGAAUUAAUUCAAAUAUUUAUCUGAACAUUAACGUUUGUUACAUUUACUGAAAAAUUUUCAAAAAUAAGUAUUUUCUCAGAAUUAAAGAUAAAUAAUUAUGUGUAAACGAACUGGUUUUAGUAUCCAAAAGUGAAACUAAUUUUUCAACAUUUUAUUUCGUAAUUUUAUGUGAAUUUCGAGUCGUACGCUUGAUUGAGAAAAACUGUUGCUGUACUCAGAUACUUAAUUCUAAAUCUUUUAUCUUAGUUUUAAAACUUAAGGUAAGUAAUUAUCUUAACCUAGCUAUUUUUGAACUCAUUGAGAAUUUAAACGGGGAUGAAAAUCUAUAUAGUUUUAUCCAGAUUUCCGUCUGAAUUUUAAUGUAUGUGUUUUGGUAUGUUCUGAGCUUAAAAUGCUGAUUUUGCACCAUAUAUAUUUGCACCAUAUAUAUACAUAUGAGUAACUUGGUACAAGAAGGUUUUUCAAAAAUAAAUAUAAUAGUGAAACAGUGAAGAAAAUGUCUUCAUUUCUGAUGAAGAAUUGAUUAUCAGUCAAAAUCUAUUUAUAAUUGUAUAAAAUAUUGUAAAUAAAAUAGAAAAUCAGCAUUUAAGCUCAGAACAUACCAAAACACAUACAUUAAAAUUCGCGGAAA